AUCGCGGGUGGUUCCAGCCGGGGCCGCUGCCGUCGGGACUUGCUGUGGGCCGCGCUGCUUUCGGGACUACCUCCUGUGGAAGUAUUUUGUUCAUGUUUAAUGGCAGUGGCAUAGACCAAAGCUUGAAGAACUCAGUAGAAUGAGUGAGAAUGACGUUCAAAGCCCACGUGUUCAGGGAAGAGCGUUUUGGUUGUGAGCAAAAUCUUCUGAGUCUGCUUUGGCAAGAGCCCUCUCCCAAAUCAGUGGGCAGGUGGAACCUGUGGAGUAUUUUCAUGCUAGGAACUUGUGUUCUCUGUGGAUGGACAGAUAACUGCCCUGAAAAGUAUGGGGAAAAAAGGACCUAUGUAGAAUAUAAUCUCACUCUUCAUAAUUACUGUUUGUUGAUGUCAAGUGGCAUUUGGCAGAGAGGGGGAGAAGAUGAAGGUGUAGAUGGAUUUUUGGUCGAAGAUAUUAGGAAAGAGGUCAACAGAGCUGCAAGACUGGCGUGUAAUAUCUGCAGGAAAAAGGGUGCUUCAAUUGGUUGUGUGGCUCCCAAAUGUAAGCGAAGUUACCAUUUUCCUUGUGGGCUACAAAAGGAAUGUGUUUUUCAGUUCAUGGAAGACUUCAGAUCUUACUGUUGGGAACAUAAGCCAGUUCAAAUCUUUUCGGAUAAAGACUCCAGAGAACCUUCACAGUGUACAAUAUGCCUGGAUUCGGUUGAACAUCUUCCACUGUACAGUGUGUUGAGAAGUCCUUGUUGUAAAAAUACUUGGUUUCAUCGAGAAUGCUUGCAGUAUCAAGCUUUGAGUGCUGGGAUAUUUUUCUUUAGGUGCGCAGUAUGUAAUAACAAGGACAAAUUUCAGAAAGAAAUGUUGAGAAUGGGCAUACACAUUCCAGAGAAGGAUGCAUCUUGGGAACUUGAAGACAACGCUUAUCAAGACCUACUGCAGUGUUAUCAACAUUGUGACGUUAGAAGAUGUCUCUGCAAGAAUGGAAGAGACUAUAACAAACCUGAUAGUAAGUGGGAAAUAAAGCGUUGUCAGUCUUGUGGUUCCCGUGGAACUCACUUGGCCUGUUCAUCCUUAAAAUCAUGGGAUCAAAACUGGGAGUGUAUAGAAUGCAGAAGCAUCUUUGCAAAAGAGAAAUGCAAAAAGCGGAAAUCGCGUUCUUUGGCUCCCUCUGAAAAGAUGGAUGGCACAACUUGUUUGCUGGAAGAACCAUCUCCAAAGCUCCCCCGCCAGUCACCUGGAUCUCAACGCAGCUGUCUUCUCCAAUCACCAAAGAUAAUGUGCCAGAACAACUUGUCACCCUGCUCACUCCUAGAACUUCCAACAUCCAAUAGAGAGGCAAUAUCUUUAUCUCCACUGAUGUCAAACAGGAACUACUCCCUAAGGAAAAAGCAUUUAAGAGUGAAAAGAAAGGAAGCUUCUAAUAUACUGGAGGAGUUAACGCAACAAAUUAAUACGAAAACCACAAGGCUUAACAUCAAUACAGAAAAUAUCUGGAAGAGUGCUUUAAAAGGAUUUAGACAGCGUAACUUCAGACCUACAAACACCAUUGAAGUGAAGUUCACAAACUGCAAAAAUAGAAUAAAAACAGAUUCUCUUAUUGGGUCAAAACACCUUUUUUUCCAGUUACUAAUGCUUCAUAUUCAGAAUUCAUCAUUGUUUGAGGGCUCUUCUGCAAAGAACUUGUCGAUUGACCCUCAAGCUCUAAAAGAGAACCUGUAUUUUGAAGCUGGCAAAAUGAUUGCUGUUUCUCUAGUUCAUGGUGGCCCAUCUCCUGGUUUCUUUUCCAAAACACUGUUUGAUUGUCUUGUCUAUGGUCCAGAGAAUGUGAAGCCAAAUUUGGAUGAUGUUGCUGAUGCUGGUGUAAUGCAGACAAUAAAAAAGAUAAAAUAUUCAGAGAGUCUGUCCAGCCUACAGUCGACUGUGCAUGACUGCUAUGACUUCCUUGCUGCUGCUGAAUGUUUAAGACCCAUAACAGCUUUGGGUGAUAAGGAUGUGCUGGUGAAUGACUUACUGAUCCAUCAUGUAAUCAAAAGAAUUAUUUCACCCUUAGAAAGUUUUAGGCAAGGUUUGAAAACUCUUGGUCUGCUAGAGAAAAUGGAAAUGCAUCCGACUGCUUUCUCUAGCUUAUUUUGCCAAAAACCUGAAAAACUUUCAGCAGAAGCUCUCUGUGAUCUCUUUACAAUCCAUUGCUCACCAGAUGUAAAUGAAGUUGGAGGUGCUGAUUUUUGGAUGGGUUAUUUGCAAGAUGUGGAGGGUGGUGAGUCUAUAGUGACAUUACAGGAUAUUCUCUUCUUCGCAACUGGUUGUUUUUCUAUACCACCUAUUGGUUUUGAUCCUAAACCUACUGUUAAAUUUCUGCCUGUACAUUAUCCCAUUGGAAACAGACUCCUUAAUUGCUUAGAACUCCCAAUAACAAGGACAUACGAGAAUUUUAAAAAUAAAAUGGAAUUUGCUAUCAGGAACACAUUAAGAAGCAUGAGAGAAUAAAUAUUUUUGCUACUAAACCGAUCACUGGAAACCAGUUUUCUGUGGGAGUGUCUACUGGCAAGGUGCCUUUUUAUGUUUUAUUGGUAUACUCUUCUUUUUACCAUUUGUCCUGCAAAGAUAUGGACUCCUAAUCUUGUAAAAUGGAAAGCUGUUUUCAGGCGAAAGUCAGUUGGUUUGGGUGGUGGUGUUUUUUCAAUCAUCUCCUUGGUUAGAAAUUGGCUUUUCAAACCAGCAGUCUUAUUUAGAAUGGGUAUUUUUGUUUUAGACAUACACGGGAUGUUACUGAACUCUGGAGCAUUUUAUCAAAUUCCUACACACUUUUCUUUCAGUCAAAGCAGUUGUUUUUUUUUUUUAAGGUAACAGCAUUAGAGUUUUGUCUCAAGUAAAACUGAUGAGUGUUUCAGUUCUGUGUUACUAUUUUCAGUUAACUGCUUUCAUGUUGAUUCAUUUAUGCUUUGAUUCUUAAGCCAAUUAAGGUUAAGGUUUAGGCUGUUGUGUUCAAUACUUUAAAAUGCAAGAAUUUAGAGAAGAUCAAGGCAAAAUAAAGGAGCAAGAAAUAAAGUCUGGCUGAACUUGAGUUUCUGCUAUUGAACAAAAUCUUUGGCAUUUGCACCCUUACUGAUCCUGCUGCUUUAUGAUAGCCUUUUCUGUUAUGACUAUACCUAUAAUUAGAAGCUUGAAGUAGAUCUUUAACAUGCAACUAUAAGUGAUCCUUCAAAACUAGAUACAAAAAAAUUGCUUAUUAGAAGAAGAUACUGAAUUUUCUUCCAUGGAAGUAUUUUCAAAUGAAUGUGCACUAAAGCUAUUUGAAUUGCAGGCAGUCUACAGUCGAGCCUGUUAUUAGUGCCUGAUGCUUCUCUAGCUUUUAUUCUAAAUGCUUCCUUUCCAAUUUUAGAUGCAUUUUAAGCAUCUGUGUAAAAUGUUUUAAUUCUGCAGUAUUUGUAUAAAUAACAUUAAGCCAUAAGUGAUAAGUAGUGAAAUCUCUACCACAAUUAUGCUAGAACUAUGAAACUGGAGGGGAAAAAAAAGUAUGACAUUGUAUUUAACAUAUGCAUAUCUCUUUUCAGAAUUACAUUUUUCUUUACUGUCAGUUUGGUAAUUUAAACUGCAUCCCUAGAAAAGGCCAUUCUAUAUAUGUAUAUAGAUAGAUAUGUCUGUAUUGUAGGAUUUGUCAGGGCCUUGGGACCCUGUCUUAUGACAGACCUCUGUCUUAUGUUUGACUGGCCAAAGAACUCCAUUUCUGCAUCAAACAUUCCUCCUUUCCACCCAAAUUCUUUCUGGAAUCUGUGCAAAUAAGCUAUUUUCUAGGGUGAUCAUUUUUUUCUAGUAAGCAAUACUAGGUUAGUACUCAUGUUUUUAGUAUGCUCUCUUAGUAAAGCAUAUAUGACUUCGAAACCACACAAAUAUUUUAGAUAUCAGAGGAUUAAGGGCCAUGCCUUCACUUAUGCACAGGAUGCUUAAUUAGAAUAAGCUGUCAGCAUUUGAAAUUGGUUUGUGAAAGAAAUGUUUUGCAAAAUGAGAAGGAAUUGAUAUCAGUUUCUACUUUUUUUCUCAGCUGGAAGAUUGCAAAGUUUUGGGGGGUAAAACUAAAAUGCUGAACAGUGUUUGAGUCAUUAAUUUCAAUAGGAAAAUUUUUACUUGGAUAGUGGUGAGUCACUGGAACAUGUUGCACAGUGUGUGGAUGCUCCAUCCCUGGAGGCAUUCAAGGCCAGGUUUGGUGUUUCCCUGGGUAGCCUGUUUUGGAGGGUGGCAGCCCUGCCCCUGGCAGGGGGGUUGGAACUGGAUGGUAGAGUCCCUUCCAAUCCAAGCCAUUAUAUGAUUCUAUUCCAAGAUUCUAUGAUAAUUCAGUCAUAUUCCACAUGUGUGUUUUAGAAAUAGUAUUAAAGAAUUACACCAAAAUCUCAUUCACAUGAGACUGGAGGCUACAAAAUAUGCUUUUAAAGUUUAUAUUGAUUCUUAUUCUGUAGUAAAGCAUUCUACAACUCAGGUUUUACUUCCUUUUUUUACCUAGAGUAAUUGUUUAAUUUUUUUUUUUUAAUUAUCUUAGUGUAUAUGGAAAAGUAAUAAUCAUAAUAUUGCUUGUUUAAAAAAAUAAAAAAAAAAUUUAAAAAAAAAACAAAUGAGUUUUGUACUUGCAUAAACUGUUUAAAAGUUAUUGUUGUUAGAAUGUUAUGCAAUUAAUUAGAGCUGUGUAAAAACUUAAAACUCCAAUGCAGUCAACUGCAGAAUCAGUGCCUGAAGUGCUGCAGCUUCAAGCAAUGUUGUAUGUGACAGAUGUAGCAUCAGUGUUGAAAUACUCAAUUGUGGGAGACAAAUGUCGUGUAAAUGUUUGAAAGUGCAAUAAAGAGUUAAUACAACGUGGUAAUUUAAA